AUGACCGGCCGCGGGGCCCAGGCGGCCGCGCCGGCUGCCCAACUCAACAACCCAAGGCGCCACCAGUUGGCAAGAAUGCGGGCCCUGCAAAGGAUAUUGAACUCCCUCAAUUCAUGUAACUGUCCUCCCGAUUGUCGUGGGCCAGUUGGUGCACCGGCUCAAUCGCCCCGAACGCCUCCGCCGCCACCUCCCCGAUCAGGCGGAGACGGCGACAGCGACGGAGAUGACGAUGACGAUGACGACAGCGAUGGAAAUGGGGAUGAUGAUGGGGAUGAGAGUCGCUUUGCUCCCGGACAGGUCACCCGCAGGGCAAGUGCGCGCAUAAAUUCCACGGUGCUCGCCGGAGCAAGAGGGACAAGGGACGUGCAUCUGGAAAAGGCCGGCAUAGGGGCACGGCUACGAGCGUCUCUUCAAGUACACACUGACCCGCAGGGCAACCGCACUCGUCUGGGAUACUACGCGGACCUCUUCUGCAAACUUGAUGGGGAUGAUCGGGAGGAACACCACAUUGGUUACAUCACAAGCUGGCGUCUCUCCAAGCCGCCCAGGCAGCGGCAAUUCGAGGGAAACCCUCAACCGUGGGUUGAGGAAUGGUUGAGUGGCGACUUGGGAAGCCCAGACGAUGUUUCCAGACCAUUCAAAGAAACGCUUAGGUUGUUGUACGAUGAAACUGGUCAGUGGAAAGCUGUCGAAAAUGAGACCUUCCAGGAUGCCUUGAGCGAUACUGGGACGGAGCUCGUCUUCAUUGACAUGAUAUGGAUCAAACAUAAGAAUGCAACAACUGGUUUUGAGUAUUCAAGCAAACGCAUUGGCGCAUACUUUUUGGACAUGUUCUACAAACUGGCGACAAAUGGAACUCUACCAGCGUGGUACAACAUCAACCUGCCUGUGACAUUCAUCAUGAGAGUAGGCAUGCCGUCUGACAACAGUUUGUCAGAAUUGUGGCUCGACAAACACCCUCAGCAACCUGAAGAGGACGCUCAACUAUAUUCCGACAGGAUCGGUGACAAGAUCGAACGAUGGUUCCAGAUCGUGGAGCACUAUGGCUAUAUAAAGAUCCAUAUACAUCACCGUAUCCUGGCACAAAUCUUCCGUGGUCAGCCCCAAUGCGAAGGCCUUCGCUCGCUUGACAAUGGCACUGAUCCUGCGCCGCCGCCCACAGAACCAGCUCCGAGGUCUGUACUUUCGACCAUUCGAUCAUGA